ACAUGUCCAAACAAACUAACAACCAGGCCAACGCAGACUUGUUUAACACCGUGUGUGUCUACAAGUCAAGAAAACGUAUUGGUAUAUUGAUACCAUUUACCUUUUUUAAAAUGACACCUACGGUCGAACACGAAUCAAAGCAAGAUGACGAAGAUCAACUCGGCGUAAUUCAGCCUUUUCUGAGCAGAACAGAAUUUUAAGAAAAUGCUAACAUAUGCUCUUCUGAUGCGUUUAAGAUGCACAAAAAAACACAAGGGGAGGAGCCCUCGGGUCAUUUGGGAAGUGUGCAGGAGCAAAGCCAGCUAUAAGUGGGUUGCAGUGUUCUCCCCUGGGCAGUAAACGCCGCUGAUGUGUAUUCUCACUCUCUAAAGCGUCCUGCUAAGAGUGGGCAUACAUUGAGUCUCCUGAAAUGAACCCUCUUUGAGGACAAAUAGAAUUCCGUGUCCUCGGCCCUGAGCUGAUGAAGUGGAGCUGUUCCUCUGCUCUAAUGCUUUCUCUUCUUCUCUCCUUUUAUAUUUGUCUCUCUUUUUGUCCUUUUUCUUCCCGUCUCUUUCUGCUUCUUCAUCUCUAAAUGUCACCAAAUGAAAACAUGUCUCGUUCUUCAGAGGAAGCUGCGCUGGGAUAUAUCGGCGCUCGCCUCGGCUCACCAGGGUCAGCCGUUACCCACAACCCUCAGCGUGAUGGAGAGCACGCCUCAGGUCCGCGGCAUGCACACCAUCAUCAGAAACAAGGAGACCAACAGAGAUGAGUUUAUCUUUUACUCCAAGAGAUUAAUGAGGCUCCUGAUAGAGCACGCGCUGUCCUUCCUGCCUCUCAAGCCGGUAUCUGUGGAAACGCCUCAGGGGGGCACGUAUGAGGGGAAGAGGCUGAGUGGAAAACGAAUCACAGGCGUUUCCAUCCUGAGAGCAGGCGAGACGAUGGAGCAGGCUCUGAUGGCCGUGUGCAAAGACAUCCGGCUGGGGAAGAUCCUGAUCCAGACCAACCACGAUACGGGGGAACCGGAG